AUGGCUGCUGAAACUUUUGAAUUCCAAGCUGAAAUCACUCAAUUAAUGAGUUUGAUCAUUAAUACGGUCUACUCUAACAAGGAAAUUUUCUUAAGAGAAUUGAUCUCUAAUGCUUCAGAUGCUAUCGACAAGAUCAGAUACCAAGCCCUAUCUGAUCCAAAACAAUUAGAAACUGAACCAGAAUUAUUCAUCAGAUUGACUCCAAAACCAGAAGAAAAAGUCUUGGAAAUUAGAGAUUCUGGUAUUGGUAUGACCAAGGCGGAAUUGAUUAACAACUUGGGUACGAUCGCUAAAUCCGGUACUAAGGCCUUUAUGGAAGCUCUUUCUGCUGGUGCCGAUGUUUCUAUGAUCGGUCAAUUCGGUGUCGGAUUCUAUUCUUUAUUCUUGGUCGCUGAUAGAGUUCAAGUCAUUUCAAAACAUAACGAUGAUGAACAAUAUAUUUGGGAAUCUAACGCUGGUGGUUCUUUUACCGUCACUUUGGAUGAAACUAAUGAAAGAAUCGGUAGAGGUACUAUCUUGAGAUUGUUCUUGAAAGAUGACCAAUUGGAAUAUUUGGAAGAAAAGAGAAUCAAGGAAGUUAUCAAGAGACAUUCUGAAUUCGUCGCUUAUCCAAUUCAAUUAUUAGUCACUAAGGAAGUUGAAAAGGAUGUUCCAAUCGCUGAAGAAGAAGAAGAAAAGAAGGAAGAAACCGAAGAAGAAAAGAAGGAAGGUGAAGAAGACAAGAAACCAAAAUUAGAAGAAGUUAAGGAAGAUGAAGAUGAAGAAGAAAAGAAACCAAAGACCAAGAAGGUUAAGGAAGAAGUAAAAGAAUUGGAAGAAUUAAACAAAACUAAACCAUUAUGGACUAGAAACCCAUCUGAAAUUUCUCAAGAAGAAUAUAAUGCUUUCUACAAGUCUAUUUCUAACGAUUGGGAAGAUCCAUUAUACGUUAAGCAUUUCUCCGUUGAAGGUCAAUUAGAAUUUAAGGCUAUCUUGUUCAUUCCAAGCAGAGCUCCAUUUGACUUGUUCGAAAGUAAGAAGAAGAAGAGCAAUAUCAAGUUAUAUGUCCGUCGUGUUUUCAUCACUGAUGAAGCUGAAGAUUUGAUCCCAGAUUGGUUAUCUUUUGUUAAGGGUGUCGUUGAUUCUGAAGAUUUACCAUUAAACUUAUCCAGAGAAAUGUUACAACAAAACAAGAUCAUGAAGGUCAUUAGAAAGAACAUUGUCAAGAAGUUAAUUGAAGCCUUCAAUGAAAUUGCUGAAGAUUCUGAACAAUUCGAUAAAUUCUACACUGCCUUCUCAAAGAACAUUAAGUUAGGUGUUCACGAAGAUACUCAAAACAGAGCCGCUUUAGCUAAAUUGUUACGUUAUAACUCUACCAAGUCUACUGAUGAAUUGACUUCUUUGACUGAUUACGUUACUAGAAUGCAAGAACAUCAAAAGAACAUUUACUACAUUACUGGUGAAUCCAUCAAGGCCAUUGAAAAAUCUCCAUUCUUAGAUGCUUUAAAGGCUAAAGAUUUCGAAGUCUUAUUCUUAGCUGAUCCAAUUGAUGAAUAUGCUUUCACCCAAAUGAAGGAAUUCGAUGGUAAGACAUUAGUUGAUAUUACUAAAGAUUUCGAAUUGGAAGAAACUGAAGAAGAAAAGGCUGAAAGAGAAAAGGAAAUCAAGGAAUUUGAACCAUUAACCAAAGCUUUGAAGGAAAUCUUGGGUGAGCAAGUUGAAAAAGUUGUUGUUUCUUACAAAUUAUUAGAUGCUCCAGCUGCUAUUAGAACCGGUCAAUUCGGUUGGUCUGCUAAUAUGGAAAGAAUCAUGAAGGCUCAAGCUCUGAGAGAUUCUACCAUGUCUUCAUACAUGUCUUCUAAGAAAACUUUUGAAAUUUCUCCAAAAUCUGCUAUUAUCAAGGAAUUGAAAAAGAGAGUUGAUGAAGGUGGUGCUCAAGAUAAGACUGUUAAAGAUUUGACUAACUUGUUAUAUGAAACUGCAUUAUUGACAUCUGGUUUCAGUUUAGAAGAACCAAACUCCUUCGCUGCUAGAAUUAACAGAUUGAUUUCAUUAGGUUUGAAUAUUGAUGAAGAUGAAGAAGAUAAUGAUGAUGAAAAGGCUGCUCCAGAAUCUACCACUGAAGCUGAAGUUGAAGAAGUCCCAGCUGACACUGAAAUGGAAGAAGUCGAUUAA